AUGGCUACCCGCACUAUCGAAGCGCGCUUCGAGCGCAUGUCUGUCAACGACGAGAACGAUCCUCUCGGUGACGGCUCCAAGCUGUACAGCAAGUCCAAGACUAUCUCCUCCUCCACUACUGGUGUCUCUCGCCCCAACCUCUUCAAGGUCGCCCUUCAGUCGCAAAGCAGCAAUGCCAACGCCGCUGUGAUGCUGCCAUCACAGGCCGUUCAACGAAAAGUCAAUCCUGCUCCUCCAUCUCCCACCAGAAAGGCCCUCCCCUCUUCCUCAAGGACAUCAGAUGAGGCUUCCGAGGAACGCAAAUCGGUUACCUUGCCCGAACAAAUGAGCGUCCCCAAGCAGUUCCACCUCGGCAUGUUCGAGAUCGGCCGCCCUCUAGGUAAGGGCAAGUUUGGACGAGUGUACCUUGCCCGAGAGAGAACGACAGGCUUCAUCUGCGCCCUCAAGGUCCUUCACAAGAACGAGUUGCAGGCGGGCAGAGUCGAGAAGCAAGUCCGACGAGAGAUUGAAAUUCAAAGCAACCUCAGACACCCCAACAUUCUUCAAUUAUACGGCCACUUCCACGACAGCAAGCGAGUUUUCUUGAUUCUUGAGUUUGCCGGCAAGGGUGAAUUAUACAAGCACCUUCGAAAGGAGAGCCGGUUCCCUGAAUGGAAGGCCGCCCAGUACAUCGCUCAGAUGGCUUCGGCACUACGAUACCUGCACCGAAAGCAUGUUAUCCAUCGAGACAUCAAGCCCGAGAACAUCCUGGUUGGCAUUCACGGUGAGAUCAAGAUCUCGGAUUUCGGAUGGAGUGUGCACGCCCCCAACAACCGAAGAAAGACCAUGUGUGGAACUCUUGACUACCUCCCCCCAGAGAUGAUCAAGCCCGGCACUUCUGACAACUUCUACAACGAGAAGGUUGACCUGUGGAGCUUGGGUGUCCUGACGUACGAGUUCCUUGUGGGUGAAGCGCCCUUCGAGGACACGCCAGUGAUGACCCAAAGGAGAAUUGCUCGCGCUGAUAUGUCCAUUCCCACGUGGGUCAGCGCGGAGGCUACGGACCUCAUCAAGAAGUUACUGGUUUUGGAUCCUGAGAAGCGAAUUCCCCUUGAGCAGAUUCAACAACAUCCUUGGAUCAUCAAGCACUGCGUCAAGGGUGAGCGUGCCUCCAACCGCGAGAAGGGGCAAUAA